UCCGCACUUCGAUUUAUUUUUAGAUCCAUUUUUAGCAUAGAAUUAUCUAAUUAACUAAUCAACUACCACAAUGGCCAACAAGGGAUUCGCGUAUGGCAUGAGCGCUCAGGUCGCUAAAAAGAUUGCUGGAAAGCGCGAUACGGAUGCGGAAGCCAAAGUGCAGCAUUUUAUUGAGACAAUCACUGGUCAAUCUUUCGAUUCUUCCAAAAGCUACGAGGAGAAUCUUCAUGAUGGCCAACUCAUAUGCCACUUGGCCAACAAAUUGAAACCAAAAUCAGUUAAGAAGAUCCAAGAAAGCACAAUGCCAUUCAAAAAGAUGGAGAACAUCGAAAACUUUUUGAAAUUCGCCCAGGACUAUGGUGUCCCAAAAGGCGACUUGUUUCAAACAGUUGAUCUGUACGAAACCUCGAAUAUUCCUGCUUUCACUGCAACAAUGGUCGCCCUUGGUCGCGCGUGCCAACUGAAACCAGAAUGGGAUUCAUCAUCUUCCUCCUACCAAAAGGAUUGGCCCGUUCUCGGACCCAAACCCUCGAUUGAAAACAAACGUGAAUUUGACGAGAAAACUAUCGCUGAAGGCAAAAAUAUUAUCGGAAUACAAGCCGGAACCAACAAAAUGGCUAGCCAAGCUGGCCAGUCUUUUGGAGCAAGAAGACAAAUCAAUUAACUUUGAAUUUAUUAGCAGUUAUGGUGUUUUAACUAUCCAAAAUAUUUUCUUUUUACUUUUGCAUACGGUUCAACGCCAAAAUGUUAAUAAAUGUUGGUCUCCCGGCUAUUAUUUUGCAAUAUUAAAAGAUGCAUAUAUAUAAAUAAAAAAAAAUUGCGUCUCCUAAAAGUAGAGCCUCUCGUGCCAACACACGGGUAGUUAUUUGCAUCUCAGCUAAUAAUUAAUCUUCUUUUUACCAAAUACUAAAAAUAAUUAUAAUCUCCGAACAACCAGAAAAAUAUUGUGUCGUUUUCUGUAUAUGUUUAGGACAUCAUUUAUUUCGUAAUGUUUAUCAAAUCAUAACAACGACAAAAUACAGUAUUUGCUAGAUAA